AAGACUGUCUCACCCAGUCAGUACCUCACAUAUCCCACUAUGCUCUCCCGCUUUCCUCGAGCUCUCCCAGCGGCCAUCCGCCCGACCCUCCGCGUCGGCCGGAUCUCAGCGCCAGUAGCUUCUCAUUUCCAACCCCAGGCGAGUCCAGCCCCUCGCUCAUCUCGUCGGGGCUUUCACUGCACCCCUGCAGCUCGUAAGGGCAUCUUCCCAGGCUCGUCGGACCCUCCGGCCCCAAACCCGCAAAGCAACAACGUCGCGGGCGCCGCCAGCCAUGUCACCGAGCCAUCGCCAUUGACAGACGGAGAAUACCAUGAAUAUGCGGAACAUUAUCUCAAUGUGCUCCAGAGCGAGAUAGAGAAGGUCCAAGAGGAGGGUGCGGACAUUGAGGCUGAGUAUAGUGCCGGAGUAAUGAACAUUAUCCUUCCCAGUGUCGGCACCUAUGUCUUGAACAAGCAACCCCCCAAUAAGCAGAUCUGGCUCAGCUCCCCUAUCUCUGGUCCCAAGCGGUACGACUGGGUCGUGGAAGGAGACUACAUGCACGAGAAGCAGGAUAGUAGGCCCUUUGCUAAUGGCCAAUGGAUCUAUCUCCGGGAUGGAUCGAAUCUGACGGACCUGUUGAACACCGAGUUGACUUUGAAUAUCCCGAGAGAUGUCUACACCGAGGAACUGUGA